CCGAGUGAUCAGCUGUCGUGGCUGUCAUUCAUCAUGUGUCACGUGAUUUGUGUUUAUCCGGCUGACGUUGACAAUUAAUCUGCUCGGCAAGUAAUCAACGCGUAAAGUAGUGAUUGGAUUUCAAAACAAUGAGCCUAUUUUUAAGAAAUUUGGAUUCACGAUUUUUAUUUCUGGUAAUAAUCUCUUACGUGGUUGCCGAAAAUAUCGAAAAAAGUAGUGAUUGUCCAUGUGGAAAAGAUUCAAACAGGCAAAAGUGUGACAGCACAGGUGCAAGCGGUUACUGUUCUACUAAAAAUGAUGAAUUUAUCGAGAUCGGUGCAAAAAGCCAGUUUUCAUACGACGGAAAAGAUAAAUUCUCUGACAUGGUACAAAUAGAGGGUGGUUCCUAUUUUAUCGGUACGAACCACCCGGUGUUUACUCAUGAUGGAGAAGGGCCAAGAAGAAAAAUUAUUUUAGACAGUUUUUAUAUUGACAAAUACGAAGUGAGUAAUCGAGACUUUGAGACUUUUGUCGAAGCCACAGGCCAUAAAACAGAGGCUGAGAAAUUUGGAGAUUCAUUUGUUUUUGAAGGACUUUUGAGUGAAAAAACAAAAUCAAAUAUCGACAAAGCUGUUAAAGCGGCACCCUGGUGGUUACCUGUAAAAGGUGCCUUCUGGCGCCAUCCCGAAGGUCAAGAUUCGAGCAUAUCAGAAAGAAUGGACCAUCCAGUGGUUCAUAUAUCCUGGUACGACGCAUCAGAAUAUUGCAAAUGGCUAGGGAAGAGGUUGCCAACAGAAGCUGAGUGGGAGGUCACAUGUCGUGGUGGCUUGAAGGAUCGUCUUUAUCCCUGGGGAAAUAAACUCAAUCCCAAUAACGAGCACAGGGCUAAUAUAUGGCAAGGAGAGUUUCCUACGAAAAACACUGGGGAAGAUGGAUUUGAAGGAACAGCUCCUGUUACAUCCUUUCCACCCAAUAAAUAUGGUGUACAUAAUAUUGUCGGAAAUGUCUGGGAAUGGACGUCAGACUGGUGGCAAACUGAUCAUUCGAAUGCUGAAGAAAAGAAUCCCACCGGCGCCGAUAAUGCCUUAGAUAAAGUGAAGAAAGGAGGCUCUUAUCUCUGCCACGAAAGUUAUUGCUACAGAUACAGAUGCGCUGCAAGAAGUCAAAAUACUCCAGACACUUCAGGUGGCAAUGUUGGUUUUAGAUGUGCCGCUUCUGCAUGAUAUCUAAAAUCAUUACUGAGAUUAUUUAUUCUGUAAAUAAGAUGUUUUUACAAAUAUUUACAUUACUUUAAUGAAUAAAUUUUGUAUCUU